AUGCGGAUUGAUGCUGUGUGUAAGUUAGGAACUGAUUCCGAAUUGCCUUAUAGGAUGGCACUUCAAUCCCAGGGUGAUGGCCUUAUUUGUGCAAUGGAAACGCCAAAGGUUUGCAGAUGGUUUGACUGGGAUCAAAACAAGAGUUCUGAAAUUCAUAAGCUGAGUCUGAAGGUGUCAGAGAAAGUGCUCACACAGUUGGAGGAUGUUGGACAGCAAUUAGCAUUAGCAUUCAACAACGAUGGUACUGCAGUAGCUGCUGGUGGGGAGGAUGGCAAUAUAAGGGUUUUCAAGUGGCCUAGCAUGGAAGUUAUUCUCAACGAGUCUAAUGCUCAUUCUUCUGUGAAGGACUUACAUUUCAGUUCUGAUGGUAAAUUACUCGCCUCUUUGGGAAGUGGUGGCCCCUGCAGGGUUUGGGACAUUUCUUCGUCAAUGGUCUUAUCUACUCUGCCAAAUGAAAAUCGUGAAACUUUUAGCUCUUGCAGAUUUUCUCAAACAAAUGACAAUACUCAGGUCCUAUAUAUUGCUGCCAUGACAGAAAAAGGUGGAAGCAUCCUAACCUGGAAUACACAAACAUGGGAAAGGAUGGGCUCGAAGUAUAUUAUUCGAGAUGCAAUCUCUGCAUUUAAUGUCUCAGCUGAUGGAAAGAUUCUUGCAUGUGGAACACCUUCAGGAGACAUUGUAAUUGUAAAUUCAACAAAUAUGCGGAUUCAGACAAUGAUUAAAAGGGCUCACCUUGGCAUAGUAACUGCUUUAGCAUUCUCCCCUGAUUCAAGGGCUUUGGCUUCUGUAUCCAUGGAUUCAAGUGCAAGGGUAACAAUAAUUGAAGAGAAGAAGACAAAUGGAGGGCUGAGCUUGUGGAUUGCAUUAUUUAUCAUCCUACUUGCUGUUGCGGCUUACUUUCUUCAGCAAGGAAUUGAAAAGUGA